AUGGAGUCACCACCAACCAUCCUUGCCUCGCAGGCCAGCGACUCGCAAGUCGGGUUUGUUAUUUAUCGAGUAGCCGACAGAACCUCAGAAGGCUCACCGUUUGCUGGGUUAACCUUUCACCCCCCAAUGGGGUCUGAUGCGUUGUGGAAGGCUCUCGAAGCAGCCUACCCAGAACUGGACGAUAACAGCUGGCGGAUCCAGUAUGCACUUGCUGACUGGGCGAGGAUCGAGUGCAUUACUUAUGGCUACAAACGGGCACCCGUGUCUACCGGGGAGACGAUUCAGACGAGCUUCAGCGAGGCUGAUCCUCACUCGGGCUCACCCUCUUAUGAGUCCUCACAGUCAUACAACCUGACACCUAUAGCCAUGACUCCGAGUGGCUCGGAAGGGCUUCAGCGGAAUACUCUCGACUUUGGUGGCAAUGCAAGGGUUGUACACACCAGAAGACCCAUGAAGAAGGACGAGAAAGCGCACAUGCAAAUGAUCAAGAAAGAGGGAGGAGCAUGUGACGGAUGCAAAAAGCAGAAGAAGAAGUGCGAUGCCGAGCAUAUUCGAGAGAGAAGCGCUCCUCCCAAGAGGUUGUCUAAAAUGAUCACCACGCCAAAGCGCGGGCCGACAAAGGAGGCACCCGCCGGAGUCACUGCAUCUACCGGACGGCAGAUUGAUCAACUUUUUAACCCCCUAUCGCCUACAAACUCAUGGACUGCUCAGCACGAAGACACUACAACACAAGCGAAUAGCUGGAGCCAGCAGACCUACUCAGCCGCAGCCGAAGGAAAUUUCUUCUCUCACGGCACCUUCGACGAAGACUUGAGCCACGAUAUCUUCGCAGGGACCGCCGAUACUCCCCAUGUCCCUACAGAAUCAACGGGAUCCAAUCACAUCUAUACCAGCACCUUGAACGAGCACCUGAGGCAUGCGGGUCCCGGCUUCACCAGCCCCUACGCCUCACCGAUGCGCUACAAUCGGGUGAUUCGGGACUCCAGCAUCGGCCACCCUCUACCACCACCAGGUUGA